AUGGCGGCGACCUCGCCCCGCGGCAGCGGCGGCGGCGGCUACAGCUCCCAGGGCUCCGGCUGCCACCGCGCCGCGCUCCUGCGCGCCCCGGACUCUUCCGCCAUGUUCCGCCAAACUUCGCCCGGCCCCGCGCGCCGUCUCCUCGCGGCGUUGCCCGCGAUCCGCUCCGGCUCCAGUCCCGGGCCGCGGUCACCUGCUGGGCCCGGCGGCCGCGCCGCCGUGCGCGCCCCUCCCGGCGCCGCCCCGGCCCCUCCCGCCGGCCGCGCCCUCCGCCCGCCGAGGCCGCCUCCGCGCCCCGACCCGCGGGCGCCCGGCCUCUCCCGCCGGCCCGCCCCGGACUCCGUGCUCUCCCCGGCCGGGGCCGGCUCCGCCUCGCGCACUUCCCGGGAGCAGUUCCCCAGCACAGACUGGGAGCUUUCGCUGACACCACGAGAGCCGGAAGCCGGACUCCAGGGCAGACAUGAUCUCCUGUGGCCACCGUUUAUAGCCUUCAAAGCAGGAACAUUUGUCUUCUGGUAA